CGCCUCUGACUCUACUCCCCAUCACUGAUAAGGGCGGGGCGUCGGAGGAGAGGGACAGAGAAAGAAUUCAGCUUGUGUGCUUUGGUAGUCUUUGCUCCGAAAACCGAUGAGCAAUGCGUCUGUCUCCCCAUCUAGCUCGCCCGACCUGUCGCUCAUGCUAAGCUCAAAUCACCUCGAUCGGACUUUUAAGUAGCAGAUGGCUGGAGUGCAAGCUCUCUGAUACCGGCAUAGAGCCAAAGAACAGCCGUAGCACGUCGUGCUAACGUCCUGGGGGGUAGACUAGCGGACCAUUGUGCACUUAAGGUCGGGUGAGAGACCGAGCGGAGCGCCAGCGGUCUGAUGCUACAGAAAAUUCGCCAUUGUUCGGAUGUGCAAGCCACCGAGUAGCGCUGUGAGCUCAAAUAAAAGCACCACUGCCUUUCGAUGCAUCUCCAAAAGAGAAAAGCUACGAUGACUUCAGCACUGCCUUACGUUUUUUACCUACUCCUUAGCAUCCAGGGAACGGCUCCUUUUCAGGUGGCGUUACUGGAUGAUGACUAUAUCAUGAUGACCCUGGAACCCUUAGACCUGAGGGACAAUGUCACUGCAUAUGCUGCCAGGAUAUCUGGGGAGCCCCGCACCCACAUCCUGCCCUUCAUGAAUGCCAGCAGCAGCCAGGUGGCUCCUGCAACCCUACUGUAUAACGCCUCCUAUCAUGGCCUCUGCUACACCAUCAGCCUCCUGUCGGGCAAUGGCUCCACCUGGUCGAAGCCGGCUGCGGUUGUGACCGUGCUCACAAAGCCUCGACCACUGGAGAGUGUCCAGAUCUUGGACUACCAGCCAUCUCCAGAGACCGGGGUGGUAUUUGAGCUCAGCUCUCCAGAGAAGAACAUCUUUAGCAGGGUGAACAUCAGCUACUCUGAGGGCCAUGAGCAACGCUCCAUGCUUUACAAAGAUUUCCUCAAAGGCAAAACGGUUUUCAAACACUGGCUGCCUGGGACAUGCUACAGCAAUAUCACCUUCCAGUUGAUCUCCGAAGCCACUGUCAACAAAAGCAUUCUGGUGCAGAGGAGUGAAGUGAGCCAUGAACCUCAUCAGCACAGGACAGUACCUCACCCUCCCAUCAACGUCACACUCAAGAUUGUCCACCUCAGUGAUAGAGACUUGCCAUUGACUAACGUGCACGAGAAUAUUCAUAAAGCCUUCAUACAACGGAGGAUACGUGAUGUCCACCUAACACAGGAACUGGAAGAGAGCAACAUUCGGGAGGAGGGUGCAGGAUCAGUACCCAAAGAGGCAGACACGACAAUUACCCAGGAACCCUAUACUCCCUCACAGAACCUAAACACCACAGUACCACUUGUGAACAAAGCUGAAUACACAACUACUGCUGCAAAUCUCAACACUAAUAUCAGUGGUACAUCACAGGAUGAGAAUACAACUGAUUAUUCAUAUUGGCCAGAGCCAACAGGAAUUCCCUCCCCAACUGAAGGGGAGGAGGAAUUUGUAAAUGCAGUUGUUUCAGAGUAUGAGGACUCAAAUGAGCCUGGCUCAGCCAUGGGUUUCACCCCGGAGCCUCUGGUCACGUCCACGAGACCUCCCCCAAUUCUGCUGGAGCUACGCUGGCUACCCCCGCGACCUCCUACCUCCUAUGAUGGCUUCAAUAUCUACAUAUAUCAAGAUGGUAACUCAACGGAAUCAGCCACGGUGGAUGAGAACACUCAUGAGUUCUUCACUGAGCUGUCUGAGCCUGGAACAUACCAUGUGCUGGUCACCACCAUCAGCUCCUCAGGAGACUGCGAGCCUAGAGAGAGCACCCCGCAAGCAGGGUUCACCUUCUACCUCAGCCCCACAGGUGAGUGGCUGGAGCAGCCGAGGGAGCGUCCACGGGCAGUGAGUGUGAGGAUGCUAGGGGCCAGCACCGCUGCCGUGUCCUGGGCCCCGGCCGCACACAGCCACAACGGGAGCCUGGUGUCUGUGCUGUCCCUCACCUGCCUGAAGCCUAGUCUGAGCCAGCGCAUGGAGAACACUUACUGUUCUGAGGAGAACACCACAAGUGACAUCAUCACUAACCUGACCCCUGGUGCUCAGUACAGAGUUGUGGUGUACCACACUAAUGGACCCCUAAUUAGCCCCCCCUCCGAACCAGUUAUUAUUGAUAUAGAGCCCACAGGGGUGCGGGACCUGGUGGUGUACCCGCUGAGCCCCACAGCGGUCAUCCUGAGCUGGCAGAGGCCAUACAACGUGGCCUUCCGCAAAUACGUACUGCAGACCUUCUUCUUCAACUCCGCCACACAAACGUCCCAAUGGACCACCUACUAUGAGAUCGCCGCCACCGCCUCAGUCAUCGCCUCUGUGAGAGUGACUGAUCUGUUACCUGCAUGGUACUACAACUUCAGGGUGACCAUGGUGACCUGGGGUGACCCGCCACUCAGCUGCUGCGACGGCUCCACCGUAAGCUUCGUCACCGCUCCGGAGGCCCCACACAUUUCGUCGGUGGAUUAUGCCCAUGGCACCCUGUAUGUGCGCUGGACAUAUGGGGACCUUUUCACUGACCUGUCCCACUCCAGAAUGCUCCACUGGCAGGUGGUGGCAGAGGGCAGAAAAGGCUCCAAGAGACGCUUCUCUGCUGAUGUGACACGGAGCAUGAUGAAGGCCACAUUGGCUCUCCCUCCUGGUGACAUCUACAACCUGACGGUCACGGCCUGCACUGAACGUAGCCGCAACACCUCCAUGCCCCAUAUCAUGAAACUGGAUCCAGUCCCUCCCAAGUCCCUGUACACAGUCAAUGCCACACCUUCCGCCGUCACCUUGCUCUGGACAGAGGAGGGAGUGGUGGAUUACUACCAGGUCAUCUGCAAACAACUUGGACCCAACAAGCAGCUCAAGGUGGGUGAGCCCCAGAUGGUCCAUGCUCACGUCCUGACUGUGGCAAACCUGCAGCCCUCCACCUCCUACAACUGCAGCAUCACCAGUUACAGCUACAGCACCCCCAGCGAGCCCACCUACUUCACCAUCUCCACUCUGGCGCGGGAGAUGAACCCCAGUGUAGCCGCUAUCUCUGCGCUGGCUGUGCUCAGUGUAUUGCUCAUCAGUCUGCUGGUGCUCUUCCUGCUGGUGCUACGCAAGAAGCACAUGCAGAUGAGCAGGGAGUGUGGGGCCGAAACCUUCGUCAACUUUGCCUCUUUUGAGCGGGAUGGCAAACUUCCUUACAACUGGCGAAGGAGCCUCUUUGCCUUCCUUACUCUUCUGCCAUCCUGCCUUUGGACUGACUAUCUUUUGGCUUUUUAUAUUAAUCCGUGGAGCAAGACUGCUCUAAAGAAAAGGAAGCUAACAAGCCCAGUGCAGUUAGAUGACUUUGAGGCCUAUGUCAAAGACAUGAGCAAAGACUCCGCAUACAAAUUCUCCCUUCAGUUUGAGGAGUUGAAAAGUGUUGGUCUGGACCUUUCCCAUGAUGCUGCGGACCUGUCAGUAAACAGGCCUAAGAACCGUUACACCAACAUUUUGCCCUACGAUUUCAGCCGAGUGAAGCUUAUCUCUAUGCACAAUGACGAAGGCUCAGACUACAUCAAUGCAAAUUACAUCCCAGGCUAUAAAUCACCUCAUGAGUACAUCGCCACGCAGGGGCCUCUCCCAGAGACACGCAAUGACUUCUGGAAGAUGGUGUUGCAGCAGAAAUCACGCAUCAUCGUCAUGCUAACGCAAUGCAAUGAGCGCCGGAGGGUGAAGUGCGAUCAUUACUGGCCGUUUACAGACGAGCCUGUGUCCUAUGGGGAGAUCACCGUGGAGAUGCUGUCCGAGAGUGAGUCGCCUGAGUGGACCAUCAGGAACUUCCGCCUGGGCUACGCAGAUGAAACACAGGACGUGUUGCAUUUUAACUACACGUCUUGGCCUGACCACGGAGUACCCACAGUGAAUGCCAUAGAGAGCAUCCUGCAGUUCGUGCAGAUAGUCCGCCAGCAGGUCAACAGGACCAAAGGACCAGUUAUAGUCCACUGCAGUGCUGGAGUGGGCCGGACAGGCACAUUCAUUGCCCUCGACCGGCUGAUGCAGCACAUCCGGGAGCACGAGUAUGUUGACAUACUGGGCAUGGUGUCAGAGAUGCGUUCCCAUCGACUCUCAAUGGUGCAGACUGAGGAGCAGUAUGUCUUCAUUCAUCAGUGUGUCCUGCUUAUGUGGAAGAAGAAGAAACAGCAGAGUCUCACCAGCGACGUCAUCUACGAGAAUGUCACUAAGUCUUAAUGGCACCCAUCACAUGCUGUGGUGAUGUACUUCACUCUCCUUUGCUUCAGGCAUUUGUUCUCUACAGAGGCAGACAACAGAAAACACCAUCAAAAUAAAAAGAAAUAGACUGCAGCCAAGGAGACGAAGAUAACACUCAAGUACCCCAAUCUAUUGUUUGAACUGGUGAAAGCAUGACAGGACAAAACAUUUGCCUUAAAGAACCUGUAUCGCCGUCCACAUGCCAGGUUGCUUUCUACAACUUGUACACAGUAACUGCAGAAGUUCCAGAUAGUCGAGUUAGGCGAGCGCUUAUCAACGCACUUGCGCCCUCUGGUGGAUGCAGAAAAAAGAACUUGUUAACGUUAGGAUUUAGUUUUAAUCUCAGGAUUAUCCGUACACCCUGCAAGCAAACACGGCUCCCAUGUCCAGCAUCCACUCCGGCCUCCCUUGCUGCUACCCCCGGGAGGGGCGCGAGCAUGUCCGGCGUAGUCUCCGAGUUUGUACUAGGCCUGUCGUAUAGUUCAUGCGCUCCUUUCACAUUCUGUAAUGUGUAAUCUGUACACAUGGUAUAGCGUUAGCCUUCAUUGCCUUGGUUUCUGCAGUUGCGUUGUGCUAAAGUGCUAGCGGUAGCUAGCCUCAGACUCUAACCGUCACACUGCCACUUCCCCCAGGGGACGUUCAGUAUGUGUGUAUUGCUGUACUACUUUAUCGACAUGCUACUCUUUCGGUACAACUACCCGGGGCCAGCUGGACGUUGCUCUGAACGUCCAGUUCCCCGGGGCCAGCAGGAUGUUGCUGAGGUGACAAGGAACGAUUAGAAGAAUGAACUGCCCAUUUCUGGUUUCAUACGAUUUGCACUGAUUAUCUGUACUGUAUGCUACGUUACGCCGAAAAAAAAGUGACAGAUUUCCCGCUCCGUCACUGUGGACACUGUACUAGGCUGUCUUGUGCCGUGUCUCCUUUCUUCACCAGAAGCAUCUAAAAGAGGAGGUAGCCAGACUCGGGAGUCAGGAGAUUCGGCCACCAGAGCUCUGCUUCGUGGAAGCGAACAGCUCAGUCUACGCCGCAGGAGGCCAAAGCCCCGUCGUUAGAAAUCGCAUAUCGUGCUCGCACGCAAAAAUCACUUCUGUUCAAAGUCGGGACUGGACGUAAGCAAAAAGGAACUUGGGAGAGUUUGAGCCGGCAAAAUCUGACGACUUUGAUCUGCAGAGACACGGUGAGGGGAACAUCUCAAGUAGGGAAACAGGGAUAGGGAGGGAUAUGCCCUUCGCUUAUGGAUCUCUGAGAUCUGCUCACGCUAUUUAUGCUUACAUGCUCGAAAUCAAAACAGUAGUCUUUGCAUCCGCAGGCUACUGUCCAAUGUGGGAAUGUUUGUCGGUACAGAGGUUUUAUAGGCUGUUGGUCCAUCUUGUCUUUAGCGUUUUCUAUGAACGUUCAAAGUCUGGGGUUUGUACGAGUUACUCUCAACAGAAAUUUUCGACCACCACAUGGUUAAUGUUUUUUUAGUAGACUGGUUAUUUUCUGACAUUAAGUAUGACCGGUAAAAUCAGUACAUUGGUUUGUCCAUCACCUACCUGACAAAGUAUUGCACAUUUCCAUACAUCUAAGUACAGUUACAGGCAAUAAACGUAGAGCUACCAGCAAGUGUACUGGUAAGGAUUUUGACGCCUGUAGAAUAAUGUAGAUAAGGAAGUCCUUAGAUAUUUGCCAGUAUAGGGCACAGUAUAUACAAUGCAUGUCACGGAACAAAGUGAACAGAUUAGUGUCGCCCACACAUCAUUAGACAUGCUCGUUCAAAUCAGCGGUAUUUGGUGUUUACACGUGAUCUACAAACGCCUCAGUCUACGGAUGGCUAAAACAGUAUGCAAUGUGUCGAAGCCUUUCAAAAUAAAAGCAUGUCCGUCACUUCGUAAUUUAAAAAAGGAUAAAAAAUCCAUCUUUACAGUGUUUUCAAUUUCAGCGUUAAUUGGGUGUUCACCAUUGUAAAUACAACUAUUUCUAGAAAAGAUUCCAAAAUGACAUAUUGCAUAUUGUAUAUAGUAAUGAUGGAGGAAAAAAGAUGAACAUACGUCCAAUACACUACAAAGUUACACACUAGUAACUGGGAAGGAUUUUUUUUGCAGGUUUUAUCUAUUUAUUUUUAAAGAGUUGCCUCGCGUUCCCUGCUAAGAAAGACUUUGUCGUGACUCGGCCAGGACGCCCUCCCUAUAACGCCAACAGGCAUGCUUUUCCCAAUGGAAGGAAAACGGGCUGUUUCACCUUUUUGUUUGUUUUGUUUUUUAACGUAGUGUACGUCCAGUUCAGACUUGCGUCCGGUUUGUCCUUGGUGCCAUUUUUGUGCAAUGUGUCACUUAAUCUAGACGGACGACAACUGAUCGUCUUCACGGAGUUUUAAUGUUUGUGGUUAUUGGAAAAUAAAAUGAUAGAUUAAAACAA